UAUGUGCAGUCAAUUGUGGUGGUUGCAUUUUUCUUGGUACAGUUAGUAAUAUUUAUUAAUAUGUAGAAAAAGUGCUACCUGUAUAUGGAAAAUGAAUUGCGAAAGAAAGAAUUCCCUUUCAUUAAUUAAUUACUAUUAUCAAAAAGCCAAGAUAUUUGAGGCAAAAACAGCAGCCAUGAUUGAAUACCAACAACACCACUUGGGAUAGAAAUGCUUAAAUGAGUGAUCUCUUUUGUUGUUAGUUCAUAUCAUAUCAUACAAUUUAAUUCAAUUCUGUUGUUUACAGAGCAAGAUCAUCAUAUGGCAGAUGCUGUUGUUUCAUUUGUGAUUGAAAGGCUUGGAGACUUGGUGAUUUCCGAAGCUGAAUUCUUGCAUGGAAUCAAAGGCCAAGUGGGGAAAGCAAAAAUCAAGCUUCAAUGUAUGAGUGCUUUCUUGAAAGAUACAGAUGCUUGGGUUAGAAAUGGUGCUGAUGAGAGAGUUCGCCUUUUGGUUGUCCAAGUCAGAGAAAAUGCUUAUGCCUUGGAGGAUGUUAUUGAGACUUAUGUCUUCAAACUGGCUUCUUCUUCUAAUCAUGGAACUAUGAGACGUGCAUUGAAAUGGUGUGUUGGCAUUAUUGAUGUGUAUAAAGUUGGAUCAAAGAUAAAGAAGAUCUCAUCCAGUAUUGAUACUUGGACAUCGGAAUUAGAAACACUUGGCGUACACAGAUCAUUAGGCAAUGCAAUUGAAGCUUCAUCAAGCUAUGUACAGAAGCAAAAAGAGUUGAGGAAAGCUUAUUCGUAUGUUGAAGACAAUGUUAUUGUUGGAUUCGAUAAAGAUAUCCAAGAUUUGGUUGCCCUUUUGACUGAAAAAGAGGACACUCUUAAGCAUAAGGUGAUUUCUGUCUAUGGGAUGGGUGGUUUGGGGAAGACUACUCUUGCAAGAAAGGUCUAUCAGCAUCCUCGAGUCAGGACUCACUUUGAUUGUUAUGCUUGGGCCUCAAUAUCUCAGCAAUGUAAUAGACGCGAUGUCUUGGAAACAAUUUUAUCUGGUUUCACUUCUCAAAUAGAUGCAGAAAGAAAUCGCAUCAAAAACUUAAGUGAUGAUGAAUUAGCAAGGAAGGUUCACAACUUUCAGAAACAGAACAAAUGUUUGGUGGACCACAACAACAUGGGAUCUUACUCACUACUCGGAAUAAGGUUGUGGCUUUGCAUGUGGAUCAACACGGUUUCAUCCAUGAACCUCAUUUCCUCAAUGAAGAGGAGAGUUGGGAGCUGUUUCAGAACAAGUACUCCCACAUUGGAAUGCAUCCAUCAAACUCAAAUGAGGAUGAUGAUGAAGAAAGGAAGAAAGAACUAGCGGUGGAGAUGCUUAAAAAGUGCUCUGGUUUGCCAUUAGCUAUCAUUGUGCUUGCUGGGCUUCUUUCUAAGAAACACACCUUAUAUCAGUGGGAGCUGAUGAAAGAAAAUGUAAUUCGCUGCAUAGGUCAAGGUAAUCCACAACAUGAUGAUGACUCAAAAUAUUGUAGUGUUUCUUCGGUCUUAGGAUUAAGUUAUAGCGAGUUACCACGUCAGUUGAAGCCUUGUUUUUUGUAUUUGGCUCGUUAUGUUGAAGAUGUCACGAUAAGACUAAAAGAGUUGUGCCAUAUACUCAUAGCAGAAGGUUUUGUAUCGUUAAGAAAAGGUUCUG